AUGUCGCCCGUUCAAAAGCUUGCCCUCUCGUUCAUGAUCGCAUGCCUCGUUGGGCUUGCCAAUGCCCGCGAGCUCUCCUCCGUGGAACCCGCCAUUAGCCCUCUUGAGGCCCGGAUCACCUCCAACGGGGGCCUAGUUGACUGCUGGAACGCACUGCUGGAGCUGAAAUCAUGCACCGACGAGAUCUUGCUCUUCUUCAUGAACGGCGAGUCGUACCUGGGAGUCGACUGCUGCCGCGCCAUCCAAGUCAUCACCCGCCAGUGCUGGACCACGAUGCUCCAGUCCCUCGGCUUCACUCCCCAGGAGAGCGACGUUCUCAGAGGAUACUGCGAUGCCGAGGCCGCUCCUCCUCCUGUCGCCGUUGCGUCACUGCGUCCCCACUCCACGACAUCUCCCUCUGUGGCCGACGCCGCACUCGCGUUUGCCGGUCCGGAGGCGGCCUAG